AUGGACGCCGUGACAUUUCCUAGGAGGUUGUUCACAGAAGGAGAAGAACCGGAUUAUGAUCGCAGUGUUGUCUACUAUAGCAAGAACACUGCACUGUGGUCUCAAAUGCACACCACACUUGAAGAUGAAUGGGAUGAGCUUGAGAAUUCUAAGCUGGGACCCCUCUUCAGGUUCACGAAGCUCGAGUUUAAUUGGGCAUCGAAGGUGGCACAGACUAUGCUCAGUAUGCAAGUAGCAUGCAAGAAGAAGUAUGAGAUAUGGAGUGCCGUGGGUGUACAGCCAGUGCGAUUUUCUCUGAACGAGUUUGAACACAUCACCGGGCUUAACUGCGAGUAUAAAGAAGCGCUGACGAAGCCAGAGACUGUUAACACAGACGAGAUGAAAGAGUUCUGGCGGAAGCUUGGUGUGAAUGAGAAGCUUGGUCCGAGCGUUGACGAACUCUUAGCAGCGUGCCAGUGGGCCGGAGAGUGGAGCAGAGAGGAUAGGCUGAGACUUGGUUUUUUGGCCGUAUACGCUGGCUUCAUUGAUGCUCGCAAAAGUUCCACUCAUACACGAGUAGCACUGGCUAGUCAAGUUAUGGACUUGGAGAAGUUUGAAAACUAUCCCUGGGGGCGAGUAGCUUUCAAGACCCUCAUCAAGUCCAUAAAGAAAGCAGACGUGUCCAAGCCAUUCAGCCUCGAAGGCUUUGCUGAAGUCGUGCAAGUGUGGGCGUACUAUGCUAUGCCGAGGUUCGGAGAAGAAAACGGUGAUCCGAGGCCAAAUAAUCCUGAGCCACCGCUGCUAGCAUUCAAUGGAAUCAGAGGGAAGAGAUAUGUUAUCGGAACCAUGAAGAAGCAGGUGCUUUUCAAUCACAUGGUAAUGGUGGACAAGGCAGACGUGUACCCACGUUGGGACAAGGAAAUAGAUGACGAGAAGGUGGACAACAUCAUCAAGGCCUUGCUUGGGGAAUUUGGUGGAGGAUGGGUGUGGAAACCAGCUGACUGGGUUAGAGAAGGGAUAUUGGCGGUUAAGAAGGCUGAUGAUGAUGAAGCGAUAAGUGUCAAAAGAGCUCGGACCUCAGAUGGUUCACCUGCGGAGGCCUCUGGUGCUGGCUGGAAAGGUCUUGAGGCGAAGAUUGAGGAGCUUUUUAAAGACUUCACCAAAAAACACUUCGAGGAGAUGAGUAAGACCCAGGAAAAGAUUCAGGUCCUCACCGCUCAAGUCGCUGUGGUAGGGAGGAUUGUCAAGAAGCUUUCGCAUCCUCAGGCUCAGGAUUCUGUGAAGUCCAGUGAGGAUACUGCGAAGUCCAAUGAGGAUUCUGCGAAGGCCAAUGAAGAGCUGGAGAAGAAGAAUGAGGAGCUGGAGAAGAAGAAUGAGGAGAAGUCCGAUGAGGAGCCGGAUAAGUCCGAUGCCGGUGAAGGGAAGACGGCUCCGCCUGGUGGAACGGAAGAUACGGAUUGCACUUGGCUCCGGACACAUAUUCCAACUGAUUCUGAGGAAGCCGAAGAGAAAAGGCAACAGGAAGAGCAGAUCAAGGCGGCUAAUGUUAUGGCAAGAGGGAAAAGUGAGAGAGUAAGGAAGCUGGCGUUUACUCAGAAAGGUGAGUUCCAAGGAAACAGCACCGCUAGAAGGAUCAUCCUAAACAACCCCCCGGAGAUACCCAAUUCCCCACCGAAAUCACUUAAGAUCAUCUCUAAACCGAGGAAAGCAGCUAAUCCGAAGAAAGCAGAUCCGAAGAAAUCACCUCCUCCGAAGAAAGCAGCUAAUCCGAAGAAAGCACCUGAACCUAAGAAAGCACCUGAACCUAAGAAAGCAACCGGUGGCAAUGAACCUCUAGGGUAUAAUCCAUUUGCUCGACCUCUCGAGGAAAGGAUAACACCAAUGCGGGCAUUCGUCUCCGGAUUACCGGGUUAUUCUGCAGCUACAGAGCCGGAGCCGGACAAGUUCGAUUACCCGGAAUGGCACUGGUGGUUUACUUUGCUCACGGGGUUUCAAUGGCUAUCGGAUAGCCAUAUGAAGUCCUGGGCCACCAUGAUGACUCACCGCCUAGCAACGCGACCAGAGUUGUUUAAAAAUGAUAGGAUCUGCUUCCUUAACAGCCAUAUCACUCAAUUUUGGGAAAGGGACUGGCCCAGGUUUCAGAGAUGUCAAAUGCUGCCUCCUAAUUCGCUGGACUGGUACUUUGGUAAUCUCCCGAAAAGCCAGCCCAGCAAUAAGCGAUGGGGUUAUGAUGUUGAUGAUUUAUUCAUUCCAUUGAAUAUCAAAAUAAGCAUUGGGUCGCGCUGCAUGUCUCCAUACCCAAAAGGCACAUUACCAUCUACGACAGUAUGGUGGACUGGCUCGAUGAUGCGGAAAUGGACUUGUUGGUGGAACCCUAUGCGGCUAAGGACUGAGGACAAAUGCGUCUACUUCGAUGCGAAGUACACGCACAGCCGUCCGAGUAAGGAUGUGCCGCAGCAAGUGGGGGCUGGAGAUUGUGGCGUGUUUGUCCUCAAGUUCAUCGAGUGCCUGGCAGUCGGAUAUGCCGCAUUUCCGAAGACGUUGUGUCAGAAAAACAUCACCAUGUUUAGGGAGCAGAUUGCGUCUGAUAUGUACCAUGAGAUCAACUGCCGUGGACCGGUCGAGGACCCAGAUGAUUGGGACAAUGUCGAUUUGUAUGACGAGAGAUUAUGA